AUGAAUGUCUACUUACUUCUCGUGGUAACUUUCGCAACCGCUCGCGAAUACCUUCAUCCAAACAGAAUUCCUCAAUGGAAAACAAAUAAUCCAAACUAUGGACCUGAUUUCGGGCAACCGGAGCAAGUACAUCUUUCCUUAGGAGAAACUCCAACCGACAUGGUAAUUACCUGGCUGACAUUUGACGACCCCGGCAAGACGUUAGUUAAUUACGGUCCAGCCACGGAUAGAAAACCAACACUGGUUGUUGAAGGGAAAUGUGUUGAAUUUCUGGAUAAACAAGGAGAGGUGAAACGACGCUAUAUUCAUCGAGUAACACUUUCAAAUCUCGUGCCAGGAACAACCUACAUAUAUCGCGUUGGCAGCGAGCAUGGAUGGAGUCCUCUCUACAGAUUCACCGCUCUAUCGCCGCGAGCAGACGGUGGCUACGAAAUCGCCGUUUUCGGGGAUUUGGGGAAUCAAAAUGCUCGAUCUCUCGGGAAAUUACAGCAGUUGGCGCAGGACGGCGAUAUCGAUAUGGUCUUCCAUGUAGGAGAUUUUGCUUACAAUAUGGAUACGGACAACGGCAGAGUGGGUGACGAGUUUUUUCGUCAAAUCGAACCGAUCGCAGCUUACGUGCCUUACAUGACUGCCGUAGGCAACCAUGAGGCAGCGGCGAAUUUUUCACACUACGCAAAUCGCUUCUCGAUGCCGAAAACCGACGACAACAUGUUGUACAGUUUCGAUCUUGGUCACGCUCAUUUCAUUUUCUUUUCAACUGAAUUCUAUUUCUCAACUGAAUAUGGAUGGAAGCAGAUACAGAAUCAAUGGAAUUUUUUGAUCGACGAUCUAACGAAGGCCAUCGCCAAUAGAGGGAAUGUUCCGUGGAUUUUAACAUUUGGUCAUCGACCAAUGUACUGCUCGGAUUUCGACGGAGACGACUGCACCAAAUACGAGUCUAUCAUUCGAACUGGUCUUCCUAAAACGCAUGCGUAUGGACUGGAGAAGCUUUUCUAUGAAUUUGGUGUUGACAUAGAAAUAUGGGCGCAUGAACACUCUUACGAGCGAAUGUGGCCGGUUUACAAUAGGACGGUUUACAACGGGACAGUAUCGCCUUAUUUGAAUCCUCUUGCACCCGUUCAUAUUGUGUCAGGAUCAGCUGGCUGCCGCGAAAGAACUGAUAUGUUUGUGUCGGAUCCAGGCCCGUGGAGUGCAAAGAGAUCUAGCGACUACGGUUUCGGAAUACUUCGAGUUCAUAACGCGACACAUGUUCAUUUCCGACAAGUCGCCGCUCACAAUGAUGAGAUUCAAGAUGACUUUUGGAUAGAAAAAAAUCCCCAUCACUCCUAUCGACAUGAACACCGAAGACGACCUCACAAGGCAACCCACAUUCCGCUGUCCUACUGUCACGUUAAAUCGCAAUGUGAAAAUGCAGAGAAGCUGUGA